UCAUCCCCAAAAGUAAAACUCAGCUUGUUUAGAUUGAUUUGUUUUCGAAAAGCUUUUCGUUUUUGAUAGAAUUUGAAAUCUACUGCGCUCCAACGUUCAAAAGUAAUUAGGACUCCCUCGUGAUCCAUCAAACGGUCACAAAUUUCCAUGUGAAUGUCUUUAAUCUCAUUUCAACAGUCUCUUUGUAAAGUUCUUUUUCUUUGGUUACUAUAAAUAUGUGACUAAAUUCUUCAGGUUCUUGCGCAAGUUUGAAUUUUUUUUUUUCUGUUUUUCCUUAUGUCUUUUUCAUCAUUAUACCUUCCUGUCUACGGGAAGAAAUAGAAUAAACAAACAAACACAAUGUUUGCUUUACAACUAGUUUUCCUACUUUAUUGUUUGUGAUAGAAUAUAUUUUUCAUUCUGUCAAAGUUUUUUUUUUUUUUAAAAAAAUAUAUUGGAAGAAAUUCUCUGAUCUGAUCAUUGCCCACUUCUCAAAAUGCAGAUUCUGAUAUGGGUUUGUAAGGUUUUGUUGAUUUGUGGUAUGUUUUCAGUGUACUCAUCGCUAGCUGAGGAGGGUUCCCAGUCUCAAUCAGCAACUCAUCCACUUUGCUUUGAAGAAGAUAGAGUUGCUCUUCUGGGGUUUAAAGCCAAAAUCUUGAAGGAUACUACUGAUAUUCUUUCUUCCUGGGUGGGAAGAGACUGCUGUGGAGGAGACUGGGAGGGUGUUGAGUGUAAUCCAGCAACAGGGAGAGUUGUUUCUUUGGUUUUGCAGAGACCUGACAAGGAGAAUGGCAUGUACAUGAAGGGUACUUUGUCACCUUCUCUUGCUAAUUUACAUUUCUUGGAGGCGAUGGUCAUUACUGGCAUGAAGCAUAUUGCUGGUCCAAUUCCUGAAAGCUUCUCAAAUUUAAGCCACCUUACACAGUUGAUCCUAGAAGACAAUUCUCUUCAAGGGAACAUUCCUCCAGGUUUAGCUCAUUUGUCUUUACUCCAAACUCUCUCAUUGAGUGGUAACCAUUUGGGGGGGAACAUUCCUCCAGCCCUUGGGAAUUUGAGAAACCUUGUCAUGGUAAAUUUAGCUAGAAAUUCUCUGACAGGUCCAAUUCCUCCCACUUUUAAAAACUUUGUUGGUUUGCAGUCUCUUGACCUCAGUGCCAAUCUACUUUCUGGGUUUAUUCCAGAUAGUUUUGGAAUUUCCCAAAACCUGACUAAUAUUGACCUUUCCAAUAAUCUUUUAUCAGGCAAAUUCCCCAUUUCCAUUUGCAGCUUGCCCAAACUACAAGACUUGUCAUUGAGUCAGAACCAGCUCACAGGACCAAUUCCAGACCAGAUUGGAAGCCUAAAAUCCCUUACCAGUCUUCAACUGAGUUCCAAUAAAUUUAUAGGUCACAUUCCAAUAUCCAUUUCUAGAUUACAGAACCUUUGGAACCUUAAUUUGUCCAGAAAUGGGCUCACAGAUCCUUUACCAAUUAUUCCAGGCAGAGGUAUUCCUUCUUUGCUGUCAAUAGACCUGUCUUAUAACAAUCUGAGUUUAGGUACAAUUCCGAAUUGGAUCAAAGACAGGCCGCUUUCAGAUGUCAGUCUUGCUGGCUGUAAGCUAAUAGGAGCCCUCCCCAACUUCACAAGACCAGACUCUUUAAGCUCCAUCGACCUGUCAGAUAAUCUAUUUGUAGAUGGGAUUUCAAGGUUCUUCACAAAUAUGCAUAGUUUGCAGAGAGUCAAACUCUCAAACAACCAAUUGAAGUUUAAUCUUGCAGAGAUGAGAUUGCCAGAGGGGGUAACUUCCAUUGAUCUUCACUCAAAUCAGAUUUCGGGGUCUCUUUCCAGCAUCAUAAACAACAGGACAAGCAGCUUUUUGGAGGUUUUAAAUGUAGCAGGCAAUCAAAUUUCUGGUGGGAUACCAGAAUUCACUGAAGGGUUGAAUUUGAAAGUGCUCAACAUAGGAAGCAACAGGCUUACAGGCCACAUUCCCAGUUCAAUAUCAAACCUUAUUGAACUUGAAAUGCUUGAUAUUCAGAGGAACCAUUUAACAGGCACAAUCCCUACAAGCUUAGGGCUUUUAUCCAACCUUCAAUGGCUCGAUAUAUCAGUAAAUGCAAUUGCAGGGAAAAUCCCGGAGAGCUUGUUGGAGAUAAAAGAUCUCAGACAUGCAAAUUUCAGGGCAAACAGACUAUGUGGAGAGAUCCCUCAAGGGAGACCAUACAAUAUCUUCCCUGCAGGGGCUUAUGCCCAUAAUUUGUGUUUAUGUGGCAACCCUCUGCCACCUUGUAGGGGAAAGAAUCAAGCAAAGAUGGGCCAGUAAAAAGCUGACUCUGGUAAAAAUAUAUGUGCUCAUGCCAUGUGAGCAAGAAGGAAUAGGUUUCGAUUACUGCAACAGUUUAUAGUUGAUUUUUUCUCUUUAAAUUUCCAGUUCAACUUCAUCAAUAAAUUUUAUUAUUGCAGAAA